ACCAGCAUCCAUCAAAACACGAACACACAUUUACAGCAGCACCGCGGAGUUCUGUCUUUUUUCAAUUUUGGUUUCUCAAAAAUGGCAUCAAUUCGUUGAACCGACGGUAGAUAAUCGACAGUGAAGAAUUUGACGACGGUCAAGUGUGAUUUUUAGUAGUGAGCAAGAGAUUUCGCAAAAACUUCAGUGCACUGUCGCAUGGCUCGGCAGUGUAGGGACUUCUUUAUGUGCUAAAAAGGUUUCACAUCAUUCCACCCGGGGGCGUGGAAUUUGCGUAAUUUGUGGUCCGAAUUCACGUCCGAAGAUAACAAAUACGAAUCCCGUCACCGUGAAAGUGUGCACGAAGAUCUAACAAGCAAAUUACCAGUUAAAAUUCGAACCAGCCUGCUGCUAGCGAAUGGAUUGAUCCGGCAGUGCCAAGAAGAAGGCGAAGGAAAAAAAGCUGAUUUUUAUCGAUCGCUCGAGUUUUGUUUUCUUAUUCUUUUGGGAGUGCAGCAGCACCUGCCAGAUUUGCAACGGUGUGGACCAUUGAGAAAUCGGUGCUCUAGCCAGUGCCGCUGGGGUUGUGAGCCCCGUGUCAAACGAUAGAUCGGGCGCGAGUGUAAACAUUCUGCAGUAUAAUACGAGAGUCUAGAGUCGAAAAAAAAUCUAUCAAUCGCACAAGUGGGGCAUUAUUUCGGUGUGUAUGCAAAUUGUGUCAUGUAGUGAGGUGCUUCGGUAGCAUGUGCUUCGAAAAAUUGAUAUAAGUUCCCAAUGCCAGUCUGGUCAUUUGAAGAAAGGUACACAGAAGUAGACCUCUGGAUGUAAAUCGCAGAUUUCCGGCUGAGAAAUUCAAGUCGAAGUCUGAUUUUGACGAUAUUUCCGAAUACGGAACAGGCAGCGGUUCAUACGCGUAUGCAAACAGCUACAGCUACCAUCACCGCAACUACUACUACUACUACAACAUCAACUACUACUACUGCUGCUGCUGCUGUUGCUGCUACAGUACCAACAAUCACAAUAAUUCCGAACAGCAUCACCAUCAACAUCACCGUUUUCCUCCACCUACCCAGCCGGUGAGGAACAAAACAAAAGUGACCCACCAACUACUUGGCUGGGUACCAUCUUCGAUCGUGUCAACCCCCGUUGGUCAACUGGAAGAGCUGUUGCUUGAAUCGGUUACGACGACGACGACGACGACGGCGACCAGAGGCAGGUCCAUUUGGUGUGCUGCAGCGUCCGGUUUGCAGACGACGGACAGAGCGCAUCCCUGAGUCUGAUGCCGGACACAGUCCAUUGUCUUGUGAUUUACCCGUUCCAUUUCGUUGCAUCUGUGUUUAAUUUGCCUGUUGAUCUUCGGUUGCAUUUCGAUUGUAUUGUGAUAUGCCUAAAGUAAGCCAGUAGUGUUUCAGAGAGAAAGAGUGGUGAAGAUAAAAUUUUUCAGUGUCGGGUUUACAUAGCAGAUAUAUGUAAAGGUAGCUCCACACGGAAAAACGAAUAGUCAUUACCGGUUGUGUCCUGUGGUGAAGGUCAGUGAACCGUUUCCGUCUAGCCCGUGGUGUAACCGGUUGAAACUGGCCAACUGACCCAAUCAAAUACAGGACAACACAACCACAUCUAAACAAACACACAAAAUACCGUGACGACGCACACGUGUCUUCGUGUGCAGCUCGACGCUUCGGAAGCGACAGCACGAUGGACAGCCCGGGCGCUGUCGGAAGGCGUCGCGGAAAUUCGCGGAUCAAUGCCGAAGAUCAGGCACUCGAUCAGAUCGCCAAGGAGGCGGAAGCACGACUGGCAGCGCGACGGCAGGCACGUGCGGAAGCUCGUGAAAUCCGUAUGCGAGAGUUGGAGCGACAGCAGAAAGAACUGGAACAGAAUGCCGACCGCGUGUUCGAUCUUCAGCAGCAAUCCGUUGGUCUGUCGGCUACGGAUAGCUCGCUGGGACCACGGGCGACACGACUGACCGUCAACAGCAGCGCGGUACGGGGCAGUUCGCUUUCGUCCCGGAGAAGCAGUGAAGAUUCCCUGGAGGAAGAAGGACGAAGUUUACGGGACCUACGGCAUGAGCUGAAGGAUGUGGAAGAACGUUUCCGCAAGGCGAUGGUCGCCAACGCCCAGCUAGAUAACGAACGUGCCUCCCAAAGCUACCAAAUUCAGCUGCUGAAAGACAAGCUCGAAGAGAUGGAAGAAUCGCACGCCCAGCUGCAGCGAGAACACAAGGAGAAAUGCCGUGAUCACGAUGCCUUGAAACGAGCCAACGACAAGCUGUCCGAAGAGUUGAAACUGGUGCAGGGUCAGCUCCAGGAACGGGACACACUGAUCGAGGAACAGGGCCUAGUGAUCGUGACCGUGGAAAACGAGGACGGCUCCGAUGCGCGACGCGCACUAGUCACAGUAGAGAACGCACAAUUGUUAGGAUCCGUACAGGGUUCGUUAGAUGUAAGGUUGAAGAGGUUCGCAGAGGAGAAACUAGAACUACAAAACGAAGUUCAGAUGCUACAGCAACAAUUAAAAGACUUUAAGACCAAGGGCCGGAAGUACAGUGCCCUCAACGGGGCAUUGGACGAUGACGAUUACGAAGAUGCACAAAGAGAAGCCAACAAACUAAUCACCGAUUACAAAUACAAACUGCAGAAAGCAGAGCAGGAAAUUGCCAACCUGCAGGCCAGUCUGGCUCGUUCCGAAACGCAGGUGAUUCGAUACAAGAGUACCGCCGAAGCGGCAGAAAAGGCUGAAAGUGAUCUUAAAAUCGAAAGGAGAAAGCUCCAACGAGAGAACCGUGAGGCGAUGGACCGACUGGAGGAGGUAGAAACCUGCAACAAUCACUUGCUGAAGCGGCUGGACAAGCUGAAGAACGCGAAAAGUGCCCUUCUGAAAGACCUCUGAUAGACCUGGGACCGGUCUGAACCCCAAACCAACCCAUCAUUAUUGUUAUCAUCAAAAUCAAAACCGUCUCAUACUGUUUUUUUUUUCUUGUAUUCGGGCUUUCAAUGUGUUUACCAGUAGUAGUGGCUAACGGUCUAACGGUCAGUGGACUUGUUUUCGGUCGGCAGCCGGUCGUGCUAAAUCACCGUCAUCCAAAUCCUGUAUUUAUUGUGUAAAUUUUUAAAAGCAUGCUAUUUUUUUUUAUAAAAGGUUCAAGUUGCCUUCGAGUUUACCUAAUUGAUUUUAACGGCUUCACCCAAUACAACCUGUUAGUUUAGCUAGUGUUUGACCUGGGCGGAAAGUUAGUCCAAGAUACGAAAUCCGCGGAUUGCAUAGUAGAAAGUUGUGUAAUGAUUAUUACUAAGUUAUUGACUUUGCUCGUGAAUCGUGAAGAAAAAAUAAAAGCUUAGAACUUGCACUUACCAGUUAGUAGGCUUGUAUAGCAAAUUGAAGAGAUCAUAAGUUCUCGUUUUUUUUUGUAAUUAAUUGAAACUAUUAACUAUAUAUUUAACAGAGUAGUGUAAAUUGAACCACAGAGAUUAGGAACUUCUAGGGCAGAUCAUAUGAAACGCUGUAUAUCUAAAGGGAAAAUAGGUAUAAUUUGUGGGAGGAAACAUUUUAAAUAUUUAAUUUAUUGAAAACUAUAGCUUUUAGGAAAGAGUUGCGGUAAAUCGAGCAAAAGUUUCUAGAUCGAGAUUCUAGUGAAGAGCCAACGUUAAAAAAUAGCUAAACAAACGAUAGACGAUUUUUUCCAUGCAGAACAACAAUAGUACGAACAGCUGAUUUGUGUUGAAUCCAUUUAUUCCUUUAUAUUAGUGUUGGUAAAGUAAUAUGAAAACAAAAUUGGUCGUUAGCUCGAUCGAUUGUUUAUGAAGAAUGAAACAACAAAUCGAGGGACUCAUUCAUUUGCCCCCUACGCCCAUACCUCCAUGGUUCCUGCGUUAUGAUAAUGUCUUUCCCCAAUCUGAUCGCCCCUUCCUAAUUUGUUAUCUACUUUGUAAAGCAGCCAACAUUCAUCGUAGCAUAUUAUCACUUUUACUGUGCGAUCUCAGCUGAGCUCACACAAAUAAACUUCUUACAUACUCUUGAACUGCCAUAUUUUUGUAAUGCUUUUUUUUGUUUUUGUCGAUCGAUUCAAGCUGGCGCGGAUGUUUUCUCUUUGCCAGGACGAGUUAUUUUGUACAUUUUUUUAGAUCGGAGUCAGAUUUUCUUCCUGUGAAAUUAUUUAGCACUCAACACGCUUGUUGCUUUUGUUCAAUCCUUAAUCUAAGCGUAUGGGAAAAACACAAUAUAAAAUUAAGACAAAAUAGAACAAAACAAAUGCUAAAAGAAAACGGAAAAGUUUACUACUGGAGCAAAAGCAAACACACUAUAACAUAAAAACGCGUUAAUACUAGUUGUAAGUGAGAAGUGUUCUGAUGUCUUUCCUUGGGCGAAAAAUCCGAAUGAAAACCUAUAACGUAAUUGUAUACAGCAAAGCGGGAGCGUUUAGAGUACCGAACGCGCUGACAAGACAGCAAAGAAAGUACGAGUGUAAUAACAGAAUGCAACCCAGGAGUAAUAUAAAGAAAAAUAUAUGAUUAACUACAACA